AUGUCCAAAGUACGCUUUCGGAUCUCCAGUCUCGGCCUUGCACGCUGGAGGCACCAUGUGCAGGAACUACUGUUGCAACACAUUCUCACUCAAUGGGACUGGGAGACUGGUACUAGGCCAUGCGACACACAGAUUUGCGCAAUUCCAAAGUCCAUCCUCAAUCAACUAGAAAGAUACGAACGGAUGGAAACGGAAUCAUUGAUGGAACUUGUGGCAUGGAAAGUCAACUGUUUGAUUCUUGACGGGUCAGGUCACUUUGAUUCUAUGCAAGAGAUUGUCGAUCAAUGGGCGCUUGACGACGAUUUUGACCCUGUAGAGUAUAAGAGACAGCGCCGUCUCCCGAGCAAUGUUGGGGUCAUUUUGACUAGUGUAUCAGCCUUUCUUUGGUAG